AUGCACAACAGAACGGGCAAGAGAUACAACCUUGCCCUAGUAAUCCUAUCAAACGUGCCGGAGGCUAAAGCCAUCUUCCGGCAGGUACGCACAGUGUGUGGCCUGUCAAGGGUGAGGGUAGAGCCCCCACAUAGGCCCGGUUUCCCGGCGCAGUGCCACCGCUGCCAACUUUAUGGUCACGCGGCGGCCAACUGCUCCGCCCCACCCAGGUGCGUUAAGUGCCUAGAACCACACAACACGAAAGAGUGUCCCGGCCCAAAGAUGCCGAAUCCCCGCCCGCUUGUGUCCUGUGCAACCAGACAGGACACCCGGCUAAUUACAAGGGUUGCCCACGCGCACCUCAACCUCGCCCCAGUAGGCAAGCUCCACCGCCGAUGA